CCCAGUAAGCGCAUAGACAUCCUGUUACAUUAAAUAAAUAGGGCAGGUUAAGCUACCUUAACUUUCGUCGGCGCACAGCGGUGAGAACAGAGACACACAGCCGACCACAACCGCAACAGCACCACCUGCGAGACAAUGAUUCGCGGCACCCACCUCAUAUUUCUGUUGUACGUGGCUUUGGUGGUCGCGGUUUCCCAAAACAGUUACUUGAAAGACUUGGAAGACAUAGUUGCCGAGCUGAAACGCGACCACCCCGACAUCGUGAGGGCAAAGGAAGAGAGAGUGGAAGUGCACAGGAAGCUGACCAAUCUCACCGCUCUUCUGGAAAAGAGACUGCACGACCACAAAACUGGGCACGAUAACCCUGAAGAUGACAAGAAAAUCCGUGACGAAUUGACAUCAGCUGCUCUGUCCAUUAAACAACUUGACAACGAUAAUGAGAAACUAAUUAUAUAUGGAAACAACCUCAGCAGUUGGUUCAGUACAGUUGCUGCUGCACACGGUAGCCCAUAGCUACGACAGACAUUGAUUGUACAAUACGUGUAGAAAUGAUACCUCAAUGCGAACCUAAACCCGUAACAUAAUCAGGCCACUGUUAUGUGAGCACGUUGUGAGGCAUUUGUAAGAGAAACAGGAUUAACAUUAAUAAUAAUUACUUAUCACUUA